GCCUGGACAACGGACAAUAUUAUUAUUAUUGUCACCAGUCGACCGCCGCGAUUAUCGUGAGACUCGCGGGAACGUGCGCGCGAGUUGUGUUUUAAUGGUUUUGUUAUUAUUGCCGUUUAUACAACAAUAUUAUUUACAUUACGGUUUUUAUUAUUUUUUAAUUGCCGUAUAUCAUGAGCGAGCUUGAACGACAGUCGUCCAGGCGAGUGAUUUUCGACCGGGUGUUGGGCAAAGGGACGUUCAGCACGGUGUACAAAGCGCUGGUGGAGCCGGACAACGAGCACAUAGCCCUGAAGAUCGUACACUUGCGGAACAUUGUCAAUGACCUCAAAACCGUACAGGAUUGCGUUAACGAAAUCAGCAACCUGAAGAAACUGAAUCAUUCAAAUAUAAUUCGAUGUUUGUGGUGGGAUUUUUCGGAUUUUGAAUUGAAAAUUGGCUUGGAGCUUGCUACUGGUGGAGAUUUAAGACGGAUCAUUCAUGAACAUUACGAUAAGUUUAGUCUCAUAAAAGAAUCUAUCAUUUGGUCCUGUGCCGUCCAAUUAUCCAGUGCACUUUAUCACAUGCAUAAAUCAAGAAUCAUGCACCGAGACAUCAAACCGGCUAAUAUUUUUGUAUAUGGAUUAAAAGAAGAAAAGAACUCGCUUUAUGAGCGGUGGAAAGGAGUGAAAAUUAAGCUUGGUGACUUUGGAUUUAGCAAAGAUAUAACGAACGGUCAAGACAUGACUUGUCGAUCGGUGCUGGGCUCUCCGCUAUACAUGAGUCCCGAGAGGAUGUUACACCAAAAGUAUUACUUUGAUAGCGAUGUAUGGUCAAUGGCUUGUGUCAUAUAUGAGUUGGUAGCACUUCAGGCACCAUUUCAUUUGAAUACUUUAGACAUGAACUUGAUGACCAAAAGAAUAAUAAAUGGAUUUUAUCCACCCAUACCUUCAGACAUCUAUUCAAUUAAGAUUACAAAAUUCAUAGAUAGCUGCAUAAUAGUUGACCACAAGUUCAGGCCAAAUAUAUCACAGAUCCUGAGAGUAACACGGAGAGGAUUGACUGAAUCUCGGAAUACUGCAUUUUCAUCUUAAUGUUUAUGAUGAAAUUAUGUUUAUACAAAGUACCAUUGUAGUAUUAUUAUUGUCUAGAUUCUAGAUUAUUAUAAUAAUACAUUUUUUGUAGUAGUAUCCUCCAGUCUUUAGAAGGUACUAUUUAAAAAACGUCUAUGAGUGUAAAAUUUUAAACCAUCAAAUACUUUCAACAAAGUAAAUGCACCUACUAAAAGAUAUUUUUUUGUGUACAAUUACCAAUCAAUUAAUUUUUUAUUAUAUAUUUUAUUUAUUUUUUAUACAUUUUUAUUAGGGCUAAACAAUAAAUGUACAACAAUUGAUUGAUGGUUUUUCUUUUUACAUAAUCAAGAAUGAAAACGGUUACUAAAAUUUGUAUAAGCAUUUCAUUUAACAUAAUAUUCAAUAUUUUUUUUUUGUAUUUAUAUAAUACAAUACAUACGACAGUAUCAUCAGCACUUGGCGUAAAGCAAUAGGUAUUUGUUAUUUUUAAAAUAAAUAAUUAUAACUAUAAAUUGAAACAAAUUUUAGUCCUACAGAACUGAUAAUAAUAAUAAUUUUUAAAAAAUUGUUCUUUAUUAUACAUACUAUGUAUGGUGUUACAUCACGACUAAUACGUUAUGAUAUUCGAGCCAUUUUAACAUUUUUAGGUAUUUUGUUUACCUACAUUAAACUACAUUUUAAUAUGAUACAGGUUAUGUAAUUAUGGUUUAAAAUAUUUUAAUUAUAUAAAUAUAUAUAUAUAUUAUAUGUCUUUACAUACACAAUAUAUUAUAUGUAUAUAUAUCAAUGUACAGAAUUGUAAACAAUAUACCUAUUGUAAAAAUGCUUACAUUAUACUUAAUGGUGUUAUAAUAUCUAAACGAUAAAAAAGGACUAUAACAUACACUAUGAUUACACUAUUUUUAAGGUCACGUUUGUUAAAAAUCUUAAAAAUGAAAAAUUUGAUUCAUGUGAAAUUUAUUUAAAGAAAUAUUAUUACAUCAUAAAAUAAUAAACUUAUAUAAUUGCUUUUAACAAACGCACCUUAAAGAAAAAUUUACAAGUUCAUACUGCACAGCAUGGGUAUAACUUUUUCAGGAUAUUAACAAAUAUUGUCUACAUGACUACAGUAAAAAAAAAAA